UUGACAUUGACUCAUCCCUGUGCAGGGUGCACUGGCUAAAAUAACGUUUUAGCAAUGCCUAUUCAACAAUUCUUCAAUAUCUCCUAAGCUAAUUGUUCAGAGGCAGUGUGCAGUUCGCGCAUGCGCGGUUGGGCUUCUAGAGCUUUCUUCACGUGGGUCGCUCGCCGUGGUGUCUCCUCAGUGCCACUCGCUUUUCUUUGCUCUUUCACUCAGCCAGGACCUAGAGCUGCUAAAGAUUCACUGCAGACAUGGCUAAGGCUUUCCGGAAAUUUCUCCCCAUGUUUGACCGAGUGUUGGUGGAACGGUUAGCAGCAGAGACUGUGACGAAAGGAGGCAUCAUGAUUCCAGAAAAGUCCCAAGGCAAAGUGCUGCAGGCCACAGUGGUGGCUGUGGGACCUGGAACCACCACCAAGGACUUCUACAGCUGGCCCGAUGAGUCUUUUGAGGAGAUGGACAGCACUCUGGCAGUGCAACAGUAUAUCCAGCAAAAUAUUCGCUCGGACUGCUCCAACAUAGAGAAGAUCUUAGAGCCUCCAGAAGGACAGGAUGAAGGAGUGUGGAAGUACGAACAUCUCAGGCAAUUUUGUCUGGAACUCAACGGCUUGGCCGUAAAACUCCAGAGUGAGUGCCAUCCAGACACGUGUACCCAGAUGACUGCCACUGAGCAGUGGAUCUUUCUUUGUGCCGCCCACAAGACCCCAAAAGAAUGUCCUGCCAUUGACUACACCAGACACACUCUGGACGGCGCAGCAUGCCUUCUCAACAGCAAUAAGUAUUUCCCUAGUCGCGUCAGCAUUAAGGAAUCGUCAGUGGCGAAGUUAGGCUCAGUUUGCCGUCGCAUCUACAGGAUCUUCUCCCAUGCUUACUUUCACCAUCGCCAAAUAUUCGACACAUAUGAGAAUGAGACGUUUUUGUGUCACCGCUUUACCCGCUUUGUGAUGAAGUACAGCCUGAUGUCUAAGGACAACCUGAUUGUGCCCAUCAUGGAGGAGGAGAACCAGAGCGGCUCUGCGGGAGAGAGUGAAGCCUGACCUCCACCUCUGCAGAGCAUCCUGAACAACUGGAAUUCAGAUAUACACAAUUAAGGCUUGUUUUUUUUUUGUUUUUUUCCCCCUUUCAUUUUUUCAUGUUACAUCCAGAGAAGGGCCCUUGUACAUACGUCUUACUCUUGCAUUCCAGCAUAAGAAUCUGAUAAACUGCAAGAGUCUCUCCUUUGCUUCUUUUCAUCCUAUAUAAACGAGUGUGGUGAUAUUCACCCUUUCUUUACUUGUUAAAUUAUUGUGUGGGUGGAGGUGUUUUAUCUAACUGGUUCUUCUUUUUUCUUUUUUUUUUUUAAAUUGAACUAAAGUUAGAUAUUACAUUAUGAUAGUAAUAAAACACACCUCAUACCCAGAGCUGGCUCUGAGCUGUACUGUUCAGUGUACUAGCGAAUAGAUUCAGUAGCUUUUCAUGUUUGUCAUGUUUAUGAAUAGACAUGCAAAACAAAUAUGUAUAAAAUGACGAGCAAAAUGAGGGAAUAACUGUUUUAAUAAAAUAUUAACUCCAACAA